AUGGUCAAGGGAAGUGGUUCGGUGAGUUUUCGGGUAGAGGAGAUUACAGUGAAGAACAAAAGGCAUCACAAGAGGCGUGAGCUGUAUAGCUCACAAAUUGGUGAAACUACGGUGAAACAGAUUGAAGAUGCUUUCAAAGAAUUCACAACAAGGGAAGACAUUGCAAUAGUGUUAAUCAGCCAAUACGUUGCAAACAUGAUAAGGUUUCUAGUUGAUAGCUAUAACAAGCCUAUUCCAGCAAUUUUGGAAAUCCCGUCCAAGGACCAUCCAUAUGAUCCUGCACACGACUCUGUUCUUUCGCGAGUGAAGUACCUCUUCUCAACUGAGUCGGUGGCAUCUGGAAGGCGUUGA